UAAAAUCAAAAUGGCAAACGAAGCUGAAGAAACCGUACGUAAAUUGUCAAUGCACAAAGGUGUCGCAGGCGUGAUUGUUGUCAAUGGGGAAGGUAUACCCAUCAAAACAACUUUGGACAAUCACGUAUCCGUGCAGUAUGCAGGCCUCUUGUCCGCGUUAGUGGAUAAAGCGAAAGCUGUUGUCAGAGACCUUGAUCCAACAAAUGAUUUAACGUUUCUUCGUAUCAGAAGUAAAAAAAGCGAAGUCUUGGUGGCUCCUGAUAAAGAAUUUAUAUUAAUAGUUGUUCAGAACCCUGUUGACUGA